AGUAUUAUCUGGAGAUACUAUACAACAUGGCUUCCUAUGUAUGAAUUUUAUGAAACAAUGGCUUCCUCCGAUUGAGUUAAUACAUCAUGACAGGGACGGAUUCAGAGAUAUUUUCUGACAGUCUGACAUUUACGUAAGUUUUAAAAGUAAUAAUUACACUUUCUUCUAUACUGUGGUUCCUGACAGUAUGCAGGCCUUACUGGUGUAGCAGAGUCAACCGCUGAUACUAAUACCAGGAGCAUGUAGAUUUCUUCUUGACAAUUCAUAGCUUUGAGUUCAAGUCACGCGUGUUCUUAACUCUGAGUUCAAGUCACGCGUGUGCGUUGCCCCGAGUUCAAGUCACGUGCUUCAGCACUGUUGGCACUAUCAGAAUCUGGCAUCGGUUUAAUGCGUCUGGACAGAAUUGAUGUGAAAUGGAGAAUCUCAUAUGGAUCUGCCUUGUUCUUACCGUUACAUCACUGGAGCUGAAAGUUCAAGCCCAGGUUUUUCCGUUGGCUGACAAGCCAGGGGAAUGCUCCACGGCUCCGUUCUAUAGAGUGAGGUCCAGGCUCUGUAACCAGGAUCACCUGUGCCCCGGAGACUGGAAAUGUUGCCCACACGCUUACCACGGGUACAUCUGCCGCCCGCCUAAGUUUGAAAGUGUCCCAAAGACCGAGUCCCGCAUAGAGAGUCUGGCAAUGCAAGGCGUAUUUGCUCACUGCGCCCUCAAACCUAACAUGGGAACCCCCGAGCCAGACAGGGUGAACGUUCACGGCAAUAUUGACAUGAUUCAGAGGCAAGGGGUUCUGGAGGUCCGUGUCAAUAUCAGCGGUUUGCCGCUAGAUGGCAGUCAGGAGCAUGGCUUGCACGUGCAUGCUUUUGGUGACCUUAGUGGAGGAUGUGGGUCAACUAAAGGUCACUAUAAUCCUACAGGUGUCACCCAUGGUGCACCAACAGACGUCGUGCGACACAUCGGUGACUGGGGAAACGUUCCUCAGGAUAAAAAUGGACAAAUUGUGACAUCCUUUUUUGAUGGCAUCGCCUCUCUUGUCGGCAAAAACAAUAUUGUGGGAAGAGCUAUUGUGCUUCAUACCGGUAAAGAUGACCUGGGCCGAGGAGGAAACGCAGCCAGUUUGGCUAAUGGUAACGCAGGACCACGGCUUGGAUGCUGCGUCAUUGGUAUCACAAACGGCCAACGCGUUGCCGUUCCUGCAGCCUAAUGAACUUUAAAAAUGGGUUGGGUUUGGAAGAAAGAAUAUAUGAACAUUCUUAAAAGGUCUCGUUUUGAAUAAAGCUCUUUUUGAGAGAAUAAAAGUUGCAUUAUGUCUU